UAGAAACACAAGUUGGAAGAUAGAAAUGUCUUGAUCAAAUGACACAAAGUCCAUGGACUUGUAUUAGCUUGAGUUGUUUUCUCCAGAGAUGAGCAAAUGCCAUAAUUACAACCUCAAGCCAGCAAAGCAGUAUGCUUCUCCAGGACAGCAGAAGCAAAGAUCUGCACUAAUCACCAGCCAGUCCAGAGAAAAUGGUAACAUACAAUUAAAAUGUGCACUGGAAAAAUUAAAAGUCUUGUCUCCAUUGUUCGUUGUCCGAGUCAUUGCUGUGGCCAUGGCAAUUCACUUCAUUGUUGUCACAGUGAUGUGGUUUGUUGUUUUCAUAACUUUGUUAUGCAACAAUGAAGUUCCAGUUUCCUCGAGAGAAGGUUACUGUGGCCCAUGCCCUGACAACUGGAUAUGUCAUAGAAACAACUGUUACCAAUUUUUUAAUGACAACAAAACCUGGAACGAGAGCCAAGCUUCAUGUCUGUCUCAAAAUUCCAGCCUUCUGAAGAUAUACAGUAAAGAGGAGCAGGAAUUCUUAAAGCUGGUGAAGUCGUAUCACUGGAUUGGACUAGUCCAUACUGAAGCAAAUGGCUCCUGGCAGUGGGAAGAUGGCUCCUCUCUCUCAUCCAACCAAUUAACACUGGUGGAAAUGCCGAGUGGAUCCUGUGCUCUCUACGCCUCGAGCUUUAAGGCCUACACAGAAGACUGUUCAAACCCAAACACUUACAUCUGCAUGAAGACGGCAAUGUAAAGAGUUCAUGAACCAUCUCCAACAAGAGAAGGGAUUGUUCCAGGAGAAACUGGGACUGAAAAAGAAGAGACAAACAUAACAGAACAUAAAACAGCAGACCUGUGCCCUCCAGAAACAAAUAAUAGAAUGAUUAGAUGUAGCCCAUGGCAUCUCAGUCUCCAAGUAGUUCCCUAGAAAUGGGAACAGGACUGUCUCUGAUAUGAACUCAGUGGCUCCCUCUUUGAUCACCACCUCCUGAUUGGAGAGCAGCCUUUCCAUGCCACAGAGGAAGACAAUGCAGCCAGUCCUGAUGAAACUGGAUAAACUAGGGUCAGAUGGAAGGGGAGGAGGACUUCCCCUAUCAAUGGACUAGGGGAGGGACAUGGAGGGUUGGAAGGGGAUGAGGG